AUGGCUUCUGAGCAGCCCGGCGAUGAAUCACGCCGCCCACCUCCUCUCGGCCUCCGUGGCCUCUCACGUGUUGCCUUCCAAGCACGCUCGUCGCCCACCUCCUCUCGUCUUCCUCCCCUUGGUCUUGCCGGCCGUGGUACUCUGCCCUCCUUCUCCAUUGGGUCGGCAACCAGGGAGCCGGUGUCCCAGCCCAUGGCAGAGGCCACUCGACCUCCUCGUCCGACACCAACUCGCCGUGUAGGCCUAUCCCGCCCAAAUCGACCUCCUCCUGCACCAGAACAGGCGGGGCCGUCCAAUUGGGCAAGUUCGCCGAGCUGGACUGGGAGCGACGGAGAUGCACGGUCAAACUACGUUGGCUUCAACAUCUUCAACGGCGGCAGCGGUAUCUCUUUUGGCGGCGGCGGCAUGUCUAGCGCCGGCGGCAUCCGCAUCAGAGAAAGCUCGAGCAUGUUCGGCGGAACAAGCACAACUACAGGUCUUGGAGGAGAGAACAAUGCAGCCGACGAAGGCUAUCGCGGCCCGGGAUACAACCAGAACUUCGAUCACGCCGAUGAAUACCCUCCGACUCAAGAGUUUGUUCAAGCCCCUCCAAGAAAAGAGAUUGAUUUGAAUGCUUUGGCUAACAAGCAAAAGAUGAAGCAAUAUGAUACAAAUGACAAGCGUCACAUAUACUCAAUGCUCCUUGCACGAAAUGGUGAGAAUGCUAGGUUGAAGAAAGGAGUAUUGGAUUCAGUGGCUCGUGAUGCUAAGUGCAAUAGAAGGUGUGUGCAAAGGAUAUGGAAAGAGGCGAAGACAGGAGGUUCGAUCAAUGCUAUCAAGAGCAAGCGAAAGCUAAAAUGUGGGGUGAAGAAGAAAAUGUUGGAUAUAGAGGCUUUGGAAGCCAUUCCUCCUCGCGAGAGAACCACAAUUCGACAGGUUGCUGGACACCUAAAUAUGUCCAAAACCACCGUUCACCAAAGGUUAAAGGAGAAACAAAUUAGACGAAUCACAAGUGAAUUGAAACCUUCAUUGACGGAACCCAACAAGAAGGCACGUGUGCUUUAUGCACUUGGUAAUUUGGAGCCAUCUUCCUUAGUGGACGAUCCCACCUUCAAGGGAAGUUUCAAUAUCAUUCAUUUAGAUGAAAAAACUUUCUAUCGCACUAGGAAGACUCAAAAUAUGUAUUUGAGCCAUAGAGAGGAAGCACCGCGAAGAGAAUGCAAACAUAAAAAUCAUAUCCAACAGAUCAUGUUCCUAUCCGCAAUGGCUAGGCCUAGGUAUGAUGCUCACGGAAAUUGUACUUUUGACGGAAAGAUAGGUGUGUGGGCGUUUGUGGGUUGGGUUCAAGCUAAAAAAAAGAGCCCUUAUAGGGAGAAAGGAACAUGGGAGGUCAAGCCUUCACCUUCGGUGGAUAGGGAGAAGAGUAGAGAGUACAUAGUAAAUUAUGUACUGCCGGCUAUAAAGGAGAAGUGGCCUGAGAAAGAUAGAUGGAGUACGGUAUACAUCCAACAGGACAAUGCAAGGACUCACAUUAAAGCAGAUGAUCCUAUUUUCGCAUUCGAGGCAGCAAGGGGUGGUUGGGAUAUUAGACUUGUAAAUCAACCACCUAAUUCACCCGACUGCAACAUUCUUGAUCUUGGGUGGUUUGCAUCCAUUCAGUCUAUGUUUCAUAGAAAAAUGCCCAAGACACUUCCUGAGAUUAUUCAAAAGGUACAAGAAAGCGUAGAUGAGUAUCCACAUCAGAAGCUAAACAUAAUUUGGCUAAGUCAUCAAGCUUGCAUGAGGGAAAUAAUUAAACACAAGGGAGGGCAGCACUAUCCUUUGCCUCACUUGAAGAAAAAAACCCUUGAGAGAGAGGGUAAACUUCCGGUUCGUUUGAAGGUCGACAAGGACUAUGUUGAAGCCUCCUUAGUGGUUUAG